AUGGCGACAAAGGAGCCCGGCGUGUACAGCGCGACAUACAGUGGUAUCCCCGUGUAUGAGUACCAGUUCGGCGUCGACCUGAAAGAGCAUGUGAUGCGCCGGCGGCAUGACGACUGGAUCAAUGCAACACACAUUCUGAAGGCGGCCGGGUUCGACAAGCCGCUGCGCACACGAAUUCUGGAGCGCGAAGUGCAAAAGGACGUGCACGAGAAGAUCCAGGGCGGCUACGGCAAAUACCAGGGCACAUGGAUCCCGCUGGAGAGCGGCAUGCUGCUGGCCCAGCGCAACAACGUGUACGACCGGCUGCGGCCCAUUUUUGAGUUUACGCCCGGCGACGUCAGCCCGCCACCGGCCCCGCGGCACACGAGCAAGCCCAAGGCACCCCGCGCGCGGCCGGCGGUGCCCAAGUGGACGGCGCCGCCGCCGAUCCACGAAGAGAUGGUCGACGGGGCAGACGUGGCGAUGGGCGACGACGACACGCCGGACAACCUGACGGUUGCGUCGGUGUCGUACGCAGCCGACGACGACCUGCACCACAACGACCUGUCCCAGUUUUCGGUGGGGCCGUCGCAGGCACAAUCGGUGUCGACGCAGCAGCAGCGCAAGCGCAAGCGAGAGGAGAUGAUCCAGGACAUGAAGGAGCAGCAGCACUCGGUGUACGGCGACGAGCUCUUGGACUACUUUUUGCUGUCGCGCAACGAGCAGCCGGCGAUCCGGCCGGACCCGCCGACCAACUUCCAGCCCAACUGGGUGAUUGACACGGAGCGGCACACGGCGCUGCACUGGGCGUGCGCCAUGGGCGACGUCGAGGUGGUGAAGCAGCUCAAGCGGUUCGGGGCCACGCUCAAUGUGCAGAACGAGCGCGGCGAGACGCCCUUUAUGCGGGCGGUCAGCUUUACCAACUGCUACGAAAAGCAGACGUUCCCGGCGGUGAUGAAGGAGCUCUUCGAGACGGUCGACGCGCGCGACAAUGCCGGGUGCACCAUCAUCCACCACGCCGCCAUUAUGAAGAGCGGCCGCGUGACGAGCCAGUCGUGCGCGCGCUACUACCUGGACAACAUCCUGAACCGGCUGCAGGAAACGCACGACCCCCACUUUGUGCAGCAGCUCAUCGACGCGCAGGACAACGACGGCAACACGGCGGUGCACCUGGCGGCGAUGAAGCACGCGAGCAAGUGCAUCCGGGCGCUGCUGGGCCGCGGCGCGUCGACGGACAUUCCCAACCACGAGGGCGUGCGGGCCGAGGACCUGAUCAAGGACUUUAACGCCAGCAAGAAGGCACGCGGUGCCGCGGGGGGCAUGCUGGGCGGUGGAGGCGGCGGCGGCAGUGGUGCUGCUGGCCUGGGCGGCGCGGCCCACAUGCAGCGGUCGUCGUCGCCGUUUGCGCCCGACUCGACGCGGCGCCCGGGCGUGCUGCGGGACGACGGGCUGGACGGUGCGGCCGGCGGUGGUGGUCUGGGCGUGUCGUCGUUUGGGGCCGGGACAUAUGCCAGCAAAGCCUUGGCGGCGGCGGCGGUCUCGUACCAGUCAGAAGCGGCCAACACGGUGCAGUCGCGCAUCACGUCGCUGGUCCUCGACAAGUUCCAGGACCUCUCGACGCGCUACGAGGAGGAGUUCCGGGAAAAGGCCGACGCCGAGAAGGAGGCGCAGCAGAUCCUGGACAACGCGCAGGGCGAGCUGCUGGCGGUGAAGACGGAGACGGCGGACCUCGAGGCGCGCAUCGAGGCGGACGACGUGGCGGCCAAGAUUGCGCUGGAGGCCGAGGCGUCGCAGAAACAGCUGGCGUCGCUGCUGACGCGGCGGAACCGCUUGGCCCUGGACGCGGACGCCGAGCAGGAGCUGACGAGCACAAAAAGCGCAACAAACGGGGCGAACGGCCACGACGACUCGCUGGCCGCGCGACAGGCGCUGGCGGCCGACCUGCGGCAGCUGGCGGCCGAGCAGAAGCAGGCCGAGGAGGACUACGUGGACGCGCUGGCGGCGGUGGGCACGAGCGACAACAUUGAAAAGUACCGGCGGCUGCUGCGGAGCUGUCUGGGGCCGGAGGCGGAGAGUCUCGAGGAAAACCUGGACGGCAUGAUUGCCAUGAUGGAGGAAGAGGCCAGCGAUAGUCUGCGGACCGGCGGCGGCGGUGUGGCGGCAGUGGAGGCGGUGGAUGCUAUGGAGAUCGCGGCAUUAUAG